AUGAUUAAAUUAUCCCAUUAAUACAAUUUUAACAAAGUAUACCAAAGACUAUAUACAAAAAUGCAAGUUCAUAUUAAUUCUUAAAGUUAAUCGAAUAAUUAACAAUAUGGAAGUAAAUUUUAAUCUUGA